AUGCCACCAGCAGGAAGACAACUCUCUACCCUUCACCACUGCCCCAGAAAGGGUGCAAAAGGUGCCGGAAGUUGUCGUAAUGCUAAGAGUGUCAACGGUGACCCUUACUGUAGUGCGCACUGCCACGUUUGUGACGAUUGCCCUACCAAAGUCCCGUUCGUCAAAGAGACCCAGCAUUGCCCUAUUUGCUAAAAACCACAUCGCGAACACAAGAACUACCAAGACGUUUGGAAAGCGCAUCUCGAGCAAAAGGCUAAGCGAGAGGCGCAGAAGAAAGCAAAUGACGAGGCUAAGAAGAAGGCUGAAGAGGAGAAGAAGAAGAAGAAAGGAAAGAGGUGA